ACCGGAAGGGGCUUCCUUCGCGUCCUCCUCGAGGGCUGGAAAAGGAGGAGGAGGAGGAGGAGGAGGCGCCGUUCGGCCAUGGAGCGCUACGAGAAGGCGGCGCUCAACGCGCUUUCGCCCCCCGAGGCCCGAAGUGAAAUUUCAUUAGCCUCAACUCUAAGGACAAUGCUGUUCUUCACAGCUUUAAUGAUUAUGUUACCGAUUGGAUUGUAUUUCUCAACAAAGGCGUAUAUAUUUGAAGAUAUCUUUGGAAUGUCCAACAGAGACAGCUACUUUUAUGCUGCAAUUGUGGCCGUGGUCGCUGUGCACGUUGUCCUUGCUCUUUUUGUGUACGUAGCAUGGAAUGAAGGCUCCCGGCAGUGGCGGGAGGGCAAGCAGGACUAAGAGGUGAAUGGCUGCCUGACAAAGGAAGAUUUGUAGGUGUGGUGCAAACCUCAAAGACUUUCAGAAGUCCCUGCUUGAAUUGGAUGAGUUUGGUGGGACGGAAACAUUUCAUUUUGUUUGUAUGAAUCCAUGGUUUCAGGAGUCCCAAAAUUUAGCACAGCUGGGAAAAAACCAGCAAGAGGAGAAAUUGAGUACCUUUCAGAAAACGUUGAUAAAUUUUCUAGACAAAAAACGUGGACUCCCUGCACCGUAAGUAGAUAAUAGAUAAUAGCUUUCAGUAGACUUGGUAGUAUCAAGGUAAUUUUUGAGCUUCCAAUAUCAGUGAAACGGAUUGGAUUCUUAGGUCUUCGGGAGGGAGAUCAGUUUUUGGAUUCAGUCUGAACGGCUGAUCUUAACGGCUAAGAGAAUUAAUUGGAACUGGUGUUUAUUCUGUAUGAUGACAGAACAAUGAUGCCAAGUUGAACCAGACUAUCACUCUGAUAGCUUUUCAUGUAAGAUUGUUUCCCCCUAAAAAAUUAGAUACCGGGUUUUGUCAAAUGCCAUGAUUUUGAAUUCAGUUUUCCUGUUAUUCACUACCAAGGAGUGAAUUCCUUUAAGGAGGAGAUUUUCUUGUUUAAUGGACCAAGAUGUCAAUCAAUUUAUAACCCAAGAGAUGUUAUCUGGCCAUCCAAAAAUGUCUCCCAUGUUGAAAUUUAAAGUUUUGUUUUAUCACAUGUUCUUUGGGUUGAUCAAUUGCUACUUUCAGCAUCUUUCUGUUGGCAGCCUGUUAAUUUGCUGCCUUGUCUUAAUGCCUGCAAAGAAAUGACCCCGCUGCAGUAACAUUAUUCCUCUUUUAAUGCUGCUGAAAAUCAUGGACAUCAUGUGUUGGAAUGACUUUGAAAUUGGAAUUCGGCCUGAACGUCCCAUUGCCAGUUUUUGGCGGUGGGGGAGGGAAUUCUCUCGUAAUAUGUUGUACAUUAUUUGUUGUGAAAUAACGAAAAUUAUCUUCCCCUCCCUCUUUUCAUCGGUGAGAUGGUUGGCUGCCUCUGACAUGACUGGAAUUUUUUUGUUUUCUUCACCCAAGUAAUGUGUGGCUCCCACAAAUUGGUGGAAUGAACAUUUCGCAAAUGCUGAUCAGGAGCCAUGCUUGCUUCAAAAUUAAAUUAUUUCCCCUAAAUCUUGAUUAUAUUGGAUUUCUAGAUUUCCUCAUGUUGUUUUUACCAAUGAUUUUUGGUAAAAAAAAAAAAAAAGAAGAAGAAGAAGAAAGAAAGAAAGAAAGAAAAAAGAGUGAUCAGAUCAAACACUGGAAAUAUUUCAGAUCUGAAUGCAGUGAUCAUUUUCAAGUCAAAGAUUUGCAUUUUGUCAGAGAAAGCUUCCAAGUUAUGCAGCUGCUCCUUGUGUUGCACUACAAUGAUUUUUCACGGCCCUUUUAAAUUCCUCAUUUUUCUACGACAUUGCUGAUCUUAUUGUCUCCUCUCUGAUAGAUUAAAUUUAUGUUACGUAUUGCAAAUGCUGCAUUUACAGUCAAAAUGCAGUCAUAUAGAUUCCCCGCUGAGCCCAAAGAAUUGAAAUGGCUGUAGUAGUAGUUUCUGGAUGAUCCCUUGAUACCUAACGAGUUGUAAAUAUUGUACCAUCAGCAAUUUCUCCGACGUUGGAUCGCUUCCUUAUAAAUUGGCUGGUCUGGGUGUAUAUUAUGGGAUGUAUCUGUGGUAUAUGCUUGCACUGAACUCUAACCAAGGAUAUGAUUGGGCUUCACACGUUGCACUAAGCAGUUGGUUUUUGUCCCAGCACAUUAUGUGAGACUCGCUCAUUAAGGUAUGGAAACUGUGAUUUCUGAUUUCGGGUUUUGUGCAAACCCAAGUUUAUUUAUACAAUAAACUGCCUAAAUCAAG